UGUAAAUUAUAUCAGAAGGAGAAUCUGCGCCCUGGAAGGCUCUUCAGUGGACAUUUCAAGUCAAUAUUUGUAUCCUGACAACAAGAAGCCCAGAUCUAAAUUUUGGUAUAAAAUAAAGAGAAGUGGUAAAGAGGAAGCUGUCAAGCCGUCUAAGGAUGAAGGCCGCAUGCAGUAUAUUGACAACACGAACAACCAGCACAUCCUGAGAAUCAACAACCUGAAGAAGACUGACUCAGCAGAAUACACAUUCAGACUCCAAAAAGAUGAUGGAGGAUGGAAGAGUAAUCGACUUGGAGUGACUCUGAGUGUCUCAGGUUUGGAGGUUAAGUUUCAUCCUGCUGUGGUGACAGAGGGCCAGAGAGUCACACUGACCUGCAGUACCAGCUGUCCUCUGACUGACAACACAAACUACAUUUGGUACCUGAACAGUCGACGUCUAACGGAGCCAGAGAGCCAAAACAAACACCUGGUUCUAGACCCAGUCACCAUUCAACAUGCAGGAAACUACUCCUGUGCUGUCAUAACCCACCAAAACAUCAUCUCUGGUGAAAAGACUCUAACUGUCAAAACCCACCAAAACAUCAGUUCUGGUGAAAAGACUCUAACUGUCCAAAGUAUUACAAGAACAUUAACAGCAGCAGCUGCAGGAGUUGUUGCUGCUCUCCUGGUUAUAAUGCCACUCGCUGUCUUCUUCUGGAUUAGGAGAAAGAGGUCCUCCAGACAUUCUCCUAGACCUGAAACAUCAGACAAUAUGGAGCAGCUAAACCCUGGUCCUGUGUAUGAAGACAUCUCAGCUCAAGCAACAGAGCAGGAUGACCUUUACUAUAGCAGUAUUAACUUCUCCAAGGACCAGACAGAUCCUCUCUACUCCACCGUGCAGCCACAUCAGCCUGGAGAACAGCAGCUUGACCCGUAUUCUGUUGUCAACUUAAGAUCCAACACAUCCUCUGAGUAA